GCGAGCCCCGGCCGCUUUUCCGGUCGGAGGCGAAGCCUGGCUCGGCCCGACCUUCCCUUUAAGGGCCUGACGCCGUUACUAAGGCGGCCGGGGAGGCGCGGAAACUGAACUGGCGCUGCGGCCAGAGCGACAGGCCCGGAAGCUCCCGCCACACGCUAUGGCCGCCGCCGGCCUGGAGGAUCCAUCUCUAGAGAAACACUUUAAAGGCCAUCGAGAUGCCAUCACUAGUGUGGAUUUCAGUCUCAAUAAGAAGCAAUUGGCAAGUGGCUCUAUGGAUUCGUGCUUGAUGAUCUGGAGUAUGAGACCCCAAAUGAGAGCCUAUCGCUUUGUGGGUCACAAAGAUGCAGUGAUGUGUGUUCAGUUUUCACCUUCUGGCCAUCUGGUGGCCUCAAGCUCCAGAGACAAAACUGUCCGUUUAUGGGUUCCAAAUGUCAAAGGAGAAUCUACUGUGUUCAAGGCUCAUACGGCAACUGUAAGAAGCGUUCAGUUCUCCAGUGAUGGACAGUCCUUGGUUACAGCUUCUGAUGACAAAACAGUCAAAGUAUGGACAGUUCACAGACAGAAAUUUCUUUUUUCCUUGAGCCAGCACAUAAACUGGGUUCGCUGUGCCAAAUUUUCUCCAGAUGGAAGACUAAUAGCUUCUGCCAGUGAUGAUAAAACUAUCAAACUAUGGGAUAAAACCAGCAGAGAAUGUAUACAUUCUUUUUGUGAGCACGGUGGGUUUGUGAAUCAUGUGGAUUUUCAUCCCAAUGGUACGUGCAUUGCUGCAGCUGGUACAGAUAACACAGUGAAGGUGUGGGAUGUUAGGAUGAACAGACUCCUUCAGCAUUAUCAAGUGCACAGUGCUGUGGUAAACUCUCUUUCCUUUCACCCCUCUGGAAACUACCUCAUUACUGCCUCCAAUGAUUCAACCCUUAAAAUUUUGGAUUUACUAGAAGGAAGGCUGCUGUAUACUCUUCAUGGUCAUCAGGGGCCAGCUACCUGUGUUGCCUUCUCAAGAACUGGGGAUUUUUUUGCUUCUGGAGGGUCAGAUGAACAGGUGAUGGUAUGGAAAACUAACUUUGAUGCUGCUGAUUAUGGAGAUGUAUUGAAAACUCAGAAGUAUGCUACUAAUGUAACAGGAACUCUUCACCAUCUGCAAUCAGAAAUGGAUUGCGGUGAUCCUCCUAAGAAAAACAAAAUACAAGAAUCUGCCAGGAACCAGCACCAGCAAGAGGAGGAGACAAGUCUUGCAGAUACCCUAGAGCAUAUUGUGGGACAGUUAGAUGUUCUUACUCAGACUGUUUCCAUUCUGGAGCAGAGACUGACACUGACUGAAGACAAGCUGAAGGAGUGUCUUGAGAAUCAGCAGAAGCUCAUGCACAGUAAAGGGAAUUGAUUCCAUGAGGGGCUGACAAAGCCGGAGUUGUCUGGAGGCUUGGGGGUUUGUUUGUGUGUUUCUAAUACUUCGGGUGAAUCAUUUUUAACAGAUGGAAUCACUUAUUUUAUUAAAAUAAAAUGUACAGCCAAUGGCAUCUGUAAAUACACUUUUUUUGUUACUGUAAGAAUAAAAUUCUCUUAUUUCACUGAACACAGCUAACAACUUGUGAUCCUUUGAGUUAAAUCCCCUUUGAGUAGAGGCGGUGCUAGCCCAUGGGGGGCCCUAAGCAGGAAUAUUUUUUGUCCCCGCAAUACAUAAUAAAAUGCGAAUAGGGGGCCCCUAUGAGUUGCUUGGGACCCUAAGCAAUUACUUAGCAUUAGUCUGUGCUAGAAUCGCUCCAGCAGCACAGCUGUACGCCUGUAGCUGCGCCGCGGUAGUGCUGCUAGAGCAGAUGCUGUAUGCCGACGGGGGAGAGCUCUCCUACCGACAUCAUUACUCCACCACCCUGAGCAGCAGUAGCUUAGGUCACUCAGGGAUGUGGCUUAUUCACACCCGAGUGACAUAAAUUAUACCAAAGUAAGCACUAGUGUGUACAAACCCGAAGUCUGCUUAUGCCUAGUGCCAGCUCUGUUGAGAGCACAAGUGUACGUGGAGUAUAGGGUAAGGGAAGAGCCUAAUUUCUUGGAGCUGCUGCUAAGUUAAACUAGUUAAUCUGAGCAUCUGGGGAAUGUGAAGCAUCUGGAAAGUGCUGUACCAUAUUUGCUAAUCUAUAGUUGAGGUGUCUACGUGCGUGCUGGGGGGGUUGCGCACAGGCAGAGAAUGCCCAAAUGGUGGACGUGUACCUCUAUUCUAAAACUAGCAAGCAUCAAGCAGAGAAUGUGACUCAUGCUUCUAGAAGGUUCUGCAUCAUCCAAGUCCCAAAUGGCUCCUAGGGAAUUUGAUGAAGAGCGAAUCUGAAUGUCCUUUGCACAAAGGAUAUAGUAGUAUGUGGGAUCUACUCAUCUCUUAUGCAGUGUAUAGAGAAUGAAAAUAGCAGGGCCUAAGGGGAGAUGAGAUGCACCAGCUAGUAAGAAACAAUAUGGUCCCAAGGAACAUUCUCCUUAAAUCUUGAUUCAUUUUUUUUAAGGGAGUUGUGGGGAGGAGGAUAAAUAGCAGACGUGUUAGUGCAGCCUUUUACUUUUUCUGACUGUCUCAAAUCAAUUUUAUCUUGAUAUUUUAUAGCUAGAAUGGUACUUCAGUUCACGUUGAUAUUUUUCCCCCAUAGACUCUACGGUCAGGGCUCUAUGUCUAGUAUGUGACUGCACAGGAACCUUUGCUAAUACUCCUCCCAGCAUUCACCCAUGACCUCCCCCGACGUAACUACUUGCUGUGUCAUUACUACCUACCCACCUUGAGAAAUCGGCUGUAGAAGCCCCAGCAUCACCUGGUUGCUGAAAUCCUCCUAGCUACUGCAUUUCUGACCCUUUCAGUUGCACUGACUCCUGGCCUCAUUCCUCUUUCACAUAGCUUCCAAAUCCUCUGGGCAAUAUGGAAGUUUGCCUGAGGCCUUGCUGGCAUGUCUGUCUUCAUACAGGGCUAUGCAAAACUAGCCCUUUUCUUGCACCUGUUUCUGCAGAAGGCUGUGUCCCCCUGAAUUCUAUUGAAACCUUGUUAAAUCUGACUGAGAGAUGCUUAUUUCCACCAGGAUAAAACUCUUUUCAUUGUCUCUCCCAGCACCAGAAAGUUCCUUAUCUCCUUCUAUGCAAGUGCUUCCCACAUCUCCAACUCCUUCUAGCUGGAGCCACAUAAUAGAUUUCACUCCUUUUGGUUUGCAAGCAGCCAGUGGUUUUGUUUUGUUUCCAAGCAUCUUUGGUUGAUGAAUUUGAAUCUUUCUGCAUAACCACAGACUAAGAAUGCUUAUUUUUUCCAUUUCCAAGCUGUGAAUCUGAGAAAUCAUUAUUUUCACUUAGAUUCAUCUACUGGAAUCGAUACAGUGAUAUUUUUUCCCCUAACAGCCAUUUUUUUAAUGCUCUUUCUAGAAACUUUCAUUGGCCUUCUGUUUUGAACUCAUUACAUCAUUUUCAUUGAUGGAGAAAGAAAGAAAAAUUAAAAAAAAAAAAAGAAAAUCUGCUUUUAAAGGAGGAGGGCUAUCCCUAAACUGAUCUAAUUUGACUGGCAGAAAUGAUUAAAAUUAAAUGUGGUUUCAUGGAAUGAGAACUUGUAAUUGAAUCUUGUCAAUUGAAUUGAAAUGUCUUGGAACACUCAUUAGUUAAGUUAAAUUUCAAUUUUUUCCAGUUUCUUGAUUCUCUUAAGUGCUUUUCAUCUAAAACUUUAUCAAACAAUGCUUUGUAUUGCUCUUAAUAGUGUAAAUAUAUUAGCAUCUUGGAGAUGUAAGCAUUUUGUAUAGUAUUUUUGAUGGAUGCUUUCAAUAAAAGCAAUUUGGGUGUAACAUUCAAUGUAGAUCCUUUUUCCUUUUAAUUUUUAAGGUGAACUAAUUUCAAAGAUACUUGUGUGUGUAUAUAGGUAGGUGGGAUCAAUACAUUUCUGCUUAUUGUCCUGAGCAUUAGAGA